GGAAGCCGGUCGUGGUCUCGAGCCGAUCAACGCUUUCGCUGGCCAAAGAGAGCGGAGUAUGACAGAGAGCGUUCUGUAGUUGAACGCAUGGCUUGCCUCUACAACCAUGUGAAAACUGGGUAGAAGAAGAAAAAGAGGCUGAACAACAACAAAAAAAGAUGGAUGUCGCCUAUUGAUCGUUAAUGGAAUACGUGUAUCAGACGUGAUUUUAUUUUUCUAAAUUAUUUCUUUACUUUGUGUGUGUGUGUAUACAAUUUCAUUAAAAAAAAAAAAAGGGCGGCUCUGGGAUUUAUCACACAAUUACACACGAGCGAGAAGACGAGAGAGAGAGAGAGGGAGGGACGACUGAAUGUUGUGUGUCGGAGAGGCGGAGGGCGCCGCGACAGACACACACCCGAGCUCUAGCACCUGCUUGGGUGUCCCUCCUGUCUUUUGUUGACGGACAAGACGCUGGCCGGAAGUGGUUUGUGGGAUAUACACACCGAGACAGCCACACCAUGGCGUAUGGCCAUGACUGGCUAGUUCAAUCCGCAAGUUUCUUUUGGAUAUUUACUCUAAUGUUGAGCGAGUCGCAGAGCAAGAGGACCCAACUCUAUUUUAUGGACGAAUCCGACUGCGGUAACACCAAGACUGUCGGCGGCGCCCUUGUCUACUCACACUCCCCCUCCAGAGGGGACUACUACCCACAUGACAUCGACUGCCAGAUCACCUUCGAGGCCGAGAGCGGGGACUUCAAGCUCAUGAUGAGGGUGAUCGAGAUGGACCUGCCGGACAGGACCGCCACUGGAAAAUGUAAUGACGCCUUGUACGUCUAUGACGCCAACACGUUUUUGGCCCGGGCCAUGGAACAUGCUGGCGGCGCUGGUGGAUUAUGUGGAAGUUUAUUGCCCAGUACGUUAAAGUCAACUGGACCACAUCUAACAGUUGUUUUUAAAACUGAUUCCGAUGGUCCAGUAGGACGUGGUUUUAAAUUUAUUAUUACAGCAUAUAGUGAAGGGUCAGCGGUCAGUGGGAAUUCGUCAAGUGACCAGUGGUACCACUCAAUUUCUCCUGAAACACCCUCGCUAGGAAAUGAUAUAAUUACCUCAAGAGAUGAUAAAAAAAGUAACAACUGUGGUUCUAGUUUUGAGUGUGACAACAAAAUGUGUAUCCCAAUGUCCCUCACUUGUGAUGGUACUGAUAACUGCGGGGAUUACAGUGACGAGGCCGGCUCAGGGAGGGCGAAAUGUAAAGAAGAAUGUGCUUUCAUUUGUCGAUUCCUCUCUCUCGGGGUCACUGCGUCCAUUUUCAUCUCAGUUGGCAGCAUAGUCAUCGUCGUCUCCUGCGUGGUGGCCCUCAUCUGCUGUUGCCGUAGGACGCUGUGCCGGAAGAACCAAGAGCUGGCCACAUGUGGUAGCGCCGGAGUGGUCACCACGACCACCGCUGUACUGACCAAUGGGACAGCUGUCUCAAGCAGUGUCGGCUCAGGUUCCAGAGCACCUAGCGCGUUCAGUAACCACGGCUACACCCACCAGGGCUACUACCCCAUGCAGCCAGUGUACCCGGCCAACCACGGGUCCCUCUAUUCCUACGCCAAGGACCCUUUCGCCCCGCAGGGACCGGCCUUUUCCUCUCAGCAGCACCAGCAGCACCACCGCUCCUACACGCCGACCAGCAGCAAGUCUGGGCGGUCCAACAAGUCCAACAACAGCACAAGCGUGACAUACAGCCAGGGGACGGAAAAAGUGUCCAUCCCUGUCAACCUCUAGCAUCCAGUCUGUGUUAUUACUAGUGUACAUAGACCGAACUCAACAACCUUAUAAUAUUAUUCUAUACCAUGAUGAAGUGCAAUGCUAAUCUUCUAUUGUAAAGUUUGUAUGAACAUUUUCUUGUAUGUACUUUGUGUCCACUGCGACAGAAUGAGAAACAUUCAACAGUGAGCCCUGGUAAAUCUAUUUCAUGUAAUGAUGACAAUUGUGAAAGAUGAUUUUUAUCUUGCCGAGACAGCACUAGUGAGGUGGGCUGACAGGUCCUGGUGGGAGCCCCACAAUAAAUGUGUUGCGUAUGAGCCUAAGUUUUGAUGCCCAUCAAUAAAGCAUUCGGACCUACAGACCCCACCUCUUGUUUCAAUAUUUUAGUUUAUCUUUAAGUUUUAUCAUGUGUAUAUAUUUUACAAAGUCGCAGAAGAUGACCUUAGACCCAAAGGAAUCUACAGUCUUCGAAGAUAACUGAAGACAGGAAAAAGAUAAAUAAAAUUGAUCCUAUUCCUUCUUCCUUAAUUUUUAUACUCAAAGACAAGCCUUGGUAAUCAUUACUUUUUUCUUCAAAUAUUUAAGUCAAUAUAUUGAUAAAAUACUGCAAAUGAUACCCGCAGAUAUUAACAUUCACAAUAGUUGAAAGUUAAAGGAUUCUAAAUUGCUAGAAAUGUUUUAUCAGCAGUAUAGCCUUUAACAAAAAUAUAACUAACUUUUAAUAGUAUUGAAAUAAUUUUAUAGAUCCAAUAUUUAAGACACUCAGUGUAAACUAUUUUAAAUUUUCACCAUGAACAAAUCCAGGGAACAGUAUUGUUGAAAGAUUUUUUUUUCAGAAUCAUCUAUAAAUACAUUCAUAUAAAUGUAUAGCAUAAUAUUUGAUCAUAUAAAUUUUUGGGAGAUGUUUUGAUAUUUAAGAUUGUGUGUUAGAUUGUCAGACAUUUUCACAGAAGUAUUAUCGAGAGCUGUCAAAUGAUUUUGUAUUAUGUACGUAUUUAUAUUUUGUGAGACAUGACCACUUAUUAGUUUACGGGAAACAUUUUGUUUAAUACAAUGUGGAUCUUUUGAAUUAUAAUUAUACAUAAAAUUUCUGUUUCUCAAUUCCCAGGUGUCAAUUUCAUUUAGGUUUUACAAGUAUUUCUAUUUCCCAACCAUUUUUUCUGUGAUUGAGUAAGGGCAUGUAUACUUUUUUCUUGGUCUCAAAACAAGUUUAUUACUUUAAGAAUAUUUAAAAGGAGAAAAUAAAAACCCAAUCAACAAUUAAACAUGUAGUAUAUAAAGGGCUGGAUUUAAGUGAGGGCAGGUGGGGCUACAGUCCAGCAGACUUCACAAGAAACGGGCCUCAAGAAUAGACAAAUUUCCCAAUUUUCCAAACAAUUGUUAAAAUCUUAUAGUAUGCUUAUAUUCUUGUAAUAUACUUCAUUAUGUAAACCCUAAUAAUUUACAUUUUGUUUUAUUAAAAUAUGCCUACUUAUAAUUUUAUUUUUUAAAGAAGUAAAAUAAAAAAAAUUACAAGUACUCUCUGUCUUUUAUAAUAUGGUAUGCUUUAUAUAUUAGAAUUUUUGUUUAUUAAUAAGUGGGUUUUCAUCAAAGAUGUCUAAAAAGUGUAGGGGUCUCCACAAAAAUUAUGUCCUGGGGUCUCCACAUGCUUAAAUCCGGCCCUGAGUAUAUACAUCAAACUGAUAACGUUGAGUUCAGGUUUGAAGGCUUCUUGUUAGCUUAAUUCGACAAGGGAAACAACUUCAAGAAAAAAAACAACAAAGUUGCACAAAGCACAUAUAUAAAAAACCACUUAUUUACACUCAGCAAUAAUAUAGGUCCGCCACAGCGUUCGAGGGUAUCACUUCUAAGUGUAUGGGAAUUGUGUUAAAAUUAGACUCUGUAAAAAUUUUAAACAUUAAAAUACAUUUCUUAAAACUACACCAAUUAAAAGCAACCAAAUUAGUUAUUUAUUUUAUUAAAAAAAUGUAUAUAACCACAUGUGUACACAAUAUGGCCAACUGUUACAGGUUAUGACAUAUAAUUUAAAAAUUGAAAGAUAUGAUCUCUCAUUAUGAACAAGAUGGAUAACAUUAGUCAGUUUGUGAAAGUAAUUUCAUCUCUUGUACAUGUUUGAUGACUUCAAUGAAAGUUUGUUGUUCAAUAAAGACAUUUCUGUCUUUUAUUUCUCAUAGAGUUUUAUAUUUCCACAUUGUAUGAAAUCCAUUUUCUUCUCUAUUCACUUUGUUCCUUUCUGUUUACACGUCUCACUCUUGUCAACAAGUUUAGGCCUACAAUGACUCAAUAGAAGUGCCUGCAUAAUGGGAUACUCAUAUUGUACUAUAUAAUCACUUUAAGUAUUUCACAUUCAUUGUUUCUCAGUAUGACUAAAGCAGUACAAAAGUUACUCAAAGUGCUCUGGGUUCCUAUAAAAAGACUUGUUAAAAUGUAACUCCCUCAUUGUGAAACUCAAUUGUGAGUGUGAUAAGUAAGCAUGUCAAGGCAUAAUGAUAUGUACACAUAUUGUUUACCUGUAAAUUAUUAUAUAUAUAAACUGUACAAGCCACUUUAUUGCCACUUCAAUCUGUUGACUACUAUAUUGUAUAAAAAAAAACCCUGAUAUUUCAUUAGAAUUUAUUCUGUGUUGAUAUUAUACAUAGUCUGUGUAUUUAUACCCACUCUCUGAGUUUAUGUCCAGUGUCUCCGUUAAAAUCCAAUUCUCUUUGUUUCCACAAGGUCUGUGUUUUUAUACUGUCUCUAUGUUUAUACCCAGCCACAAUGUUGUUUACUCCUAGUUUACACAUAGUCUCUGUUUGAACAUUUUCUGUGUUUAAACCUAGACUAUGUUUAUACCCAGCUUGUGGAGUUAUACAGUUUCUUCGGACGAUAUUGUAAAAUUGUUCGGUCACAUUUUAUAUGUUCUGUCAAUGUAAAUUCUUGCUAGAAUACAAUUAUGAGCAAAUGAUACAACAUUAAAUCUUUAAAUGCUUUUUUUUUAAAUAAAGAAAUCCACCAUUUUUAAUCCCUGGCCAGACUUUACUUUGCUUACACAAUUUGUAAUAUUAAUUUUCAAUAUCUGAUUUUUGUAUGGCGUUUUGAAAAAUCGAUGUAAAGUAUAAGAAAAUAAUGUGUUUAAAAUAUUUGCACAAUUUACACGCGUUAUACAAGCUAUUUAUACAAUCAUUAAGAUCUAGUGGAUAGAAAUGUGACAUUUUCGGUUGUUGGAAUGUCUUAUAUGAUUGAUUUUCAGUCCAAGUUAUUAUAAGUUUAUAUUAGGCCUACUGUUAUAUUCAAACCUUUAAGUUUUAAAAGUAAACCUUCAAACAUUAUUAUUUCCCUUAGAAAUGAGAAAAGAGAAGUAACAUAUUUUUUUUUAUUAGAUUUAUUUUUAAAUUAAUUAACUCUGCUGUGGAACACUGGGGUCAUAUAGUUUCUAGUGGUGAGUACAUUGAAAUAGUUGAAAUACUGCCCAGCUAGAUUCUUGACCUAGGUCGUUUGAAGUCACAUAAUUCUGAUUUUAAUUGUUUUUUCUCUGUGUGAAUCUUAAUUCUUGUCAUCUCCUUAAAAAAGGGAGAGAACUUUAUGUUUUUGUUUGAUUUUAAAGAAGAUGAUAGAAUGUCGAACAGUGAAAACUAUAGAGAAACUUAUUGCCAGAUUAUUUUGUUGUAUUCAUGUUUUUACUCAAAUUCACACAAUUACAGUUAUUAUCCUUUGUUAUUUAAUUGAAAUUGAAUAUAUUUAAUUAUUAAUAAAACUUUUGGUAUACAUUUAAAUUUGUGUUUAGUAAUUAUACGUUCAUUGCUUUAAAGUCCAACUAACCAAGAGGUCCUACAGGCAAUUGGCACAAUGUUGGCAUAAUGAUAUGAAUCCAGUGAUCAUAUAUAACUUCAUGUAUCUAAGCACCGAUUUAAAAAGAAAGGGUACCAGAGCAGGGUUAAACAAAGUGAAUGAAAUAUUUCCUAGAUUUAUUUUUAUUGUAAGACCUGAUGAUUUUUUGUGGGUCCAAUAGCAUUUCAUUUUGUCAGUGUCAUUUAUCUUUAUGUACUGUAAUUACAUUUUAAAUUUGACUACAAGACUACCAUUGUUAGCUAUGACAUUGUAUUCAUUCAUUUUGUUCCCUAAUUAUUUUUUUUUUGGCUAAAGCUUAUUAAAUUAUUUGUUUAUGUUUAAUUAUUAUUAUUAUUAUUUUUUUAAGCUUUUAUUUUUGUGUUGUCAAUUAUUUUUUUGCUUCAAACUGAAUAUUACAAAAAAUACAACUCAUUUUAGAAUAUAGAAAAAUUGAGUUCUGUACAGUCCAAGACAAAUGUAACUUUCAUGUUAGAUAUACAUGCCAUAAGUUAUGUUUGCAAGCUUGUAAAGUUGAUGAAAUAUGUUCAAAUAUUUCAAUGAAUGCUGGGUAAUAAAAAUUCCUUACAUGUUUUAAUGAUCA